ACAUGACACAAUAGAUGUGUUGAGGGCAGGCCUGCACAGGCAGGAAGAAAAGAUAACAUGCAACUUUGACCUCAUGUGAGUUACGUCACGGCCUUCUUUGGGGAGGAUUAACUGACUACACACACAGUUCUGAGCAGACGUGGUGCUGUCACACACGUAUAUUCUCGCUGUCUUGACACAGGCUGAAAGUCUGUCAACUUCAGAGACAUGGAGUGCCAAUGUGAGAAGGACAACGCUGAGGAUGCUGUUACAGAAUGGUGGCUGAACAGCAACAACAUCCAAAUGGGAGCUUUUACUGUGGUGGGGUAUCUUCUCUACAGAUUCUCACAGACACUGCCAGCUCUGAUCCGAUGGCCGAUUCGUCUGUUCUGCACUCUAACCGGUCUGACAGCUCUUUGGAGUUGGGUGAGCCACCUAGUGGGAACCCUUCGUGGAAUCCAGAGCCUGUGUAACUGGCUGUCUGGAAUUUGGCGGUUUAUCGAAGCAUCUUCCUCCAAGUUCAAGUCGCUGAUUAGUGUCAACACGGAGAUGGAUCCAUCCAGCAGGAUCGACAAACCAGGCCUAAGGCUUAUCCUCCUGGGGCCCAUGGGUGGAGGACGGACCUCCCUCGCAGAUACUUUGUUGGGCAACAGUGAGACAAAGGCACCCAUGGGUCCCCUAAUGCAGAGCACCAAGAGGAGGACAGUAAUGGAUGGUAGAGAGGUUACAGCGAUCGACACCCCAGACCUUUUGGGGCCGUCAUUGGGGAACAACAUGAGAGCCAGGGAAGCUCUGAGGAGCCUUCAGCUCUCCGGUCCUGGGCCGCACGCCUUCCUGCUGGCGAUACGAGCUCCGGGCUCCAGCACGGAGACCGACCAGGAUGCGGCUCAGGCAAUCCGAGCCACCCUUGAGCUGUUUGGCGACGGGGUCGCAGGGUUCAUCAUCCCAGUGUUUACCCAAGCAGACCGCCUGGGUCGGAAGUGUACCGUAGAUCAGCUGCUGGAUGUGGACUCUGGGGAUCUGCAAAGGGCUCUGUCUCUAAGCGACCAGAGGCCAGAGCUGGUGGACAACAGGCCAGACUGCCCCCCAGAGGCACAGAGUGUGAUGCGCAGGCAGCUGCUGGGGCGUGUGGUGGCGAUGAAGACACUGAGGGGGCAUUUUGUCCACGAGCUGCAGAGGAGGGAGGACCGCAUCAGGGAGGAGCUGCUAGCUGAUAUGGGCUCUGCCCUGGCUGGAAAACUGGGACACACAUAAUAAGGGGGAGGGGGGGCAGUGAAAAAAAUCAGCAGACUUGAAGUGCAAGGGUGAAUCUUUGCCUGAGGUAUUUUUGUCACUCUGCUGGUUCACCACUGUCCAAAUGAAUGUAGUACUGCUGGAUGGCCGCCUUUUGGUUUUCAACAUGCCGCCAAUGCUUUUGGUUAGAUAUCAUGCCCACACACACACACACACACACUUAAUUUAGCUAUUUUGAUGUGUUGUAAUUCCUCCAUGUCUGUAUAUUCAUUGGGAAAGGCGUGCACCUCAUGUUUUCUUCCUCUGCUGCAGUGCUUGGUCCUCCCCCCUUUCCUUCAUAAUUUAUAAGAUUUCAAACUUUAAAGAUGAUCGGGGAAAAUAAACUGAAGUCACAUUGGGA